AAAUUAAAAUAAAGUAUAUAUUUUUUUUAGUUGUUUUAUCAUUUGACAUGAGGGCAUGCCCUACUUUGAUGAUCAUCCUCCCUUCUUUUAUUCUUCUUGUCCUUUCAAACCUCGAAGUCAUUAACGCCGUUGGGUGUACCGGACUCUACUUCAACGGUAGCAGCAGCUACGGCCUAAACCGUCAGAAUCUCUUCUCUACUCUUGCUAAAAAAGUCGUCGCCAACGGUGGAUUCUACAACGCCUCACUCGGCGAAAGUCCCAACAGAGUUCACGCUCUUGCCCUCUGCGCAAGAGGCUAUGAGCGACAAGAUUGUAUGAGUUGUGUCGAAGGUGCAGCUCAGGGUAUACUAAAUAAUUGUCAAAACCGCAUUGAUUCGUUCACAUGGGAGAAAGACCUCAAAGACGAUGUUUCUUGUCUUGUAAGCUCCUCAAACCAGUCAAAUUUUGGGAAUCUCGAGCUUUUACCUGCUAUUAGCUUCGACAAUCCACAUAAUCUGAAGUCUGAGUCAUCUAAAAACAUGACCCUUUUCGAGCAAGAAUGGAAUGCAAUGGCUAACGGGACCGUCAAGGCUGCCGCGAAAGCUGAAAAUUCGUCGGUACAUAAGUACUAUAGUGCCGUAAAAGCCGAGUUCACGGAAUAUCCAAAUGUUUACAUGCUGAUGCAGUGCACACCCGACAUAACUUCCCAAGAUUGCAAGACAUGUUUGCAAGACUGCGUGGCGCGUUUUAGAGAACUGUUUUGGGGAAGACAAGGAGGUGAGGUUAAUCGUCCGAGCUGUUUUUUCAGGUGGGAUCUAUAUCCUUUCCAUGGUGCUUUUGGUAAUGUAACAAGAGUUCCUGCGCCUCCUAGACCUCCGGCUCAGGAAAAGAAGAGCUCUAUAACAGACGAGAAAGGAAGAAGGAUAGGAGAUAGCGGAAUUAUAGCAAUAGUUGUUGUAUUUACUUUCAUUAUUAUUUUGGUGUUUGUUGCCUUCAUCAAAGUCCAUGCACGAAGCAGAAAAUCACACAACAUUAUCAAUGGAGGUGCAGGGUACUCUGAUUCUGAUGGUCAAUAUAUGUUACGGUUUGAUCUUGGUAUGCUCUUAACGGCAACUAAUGAGUUUUCGCCUGAAAAUAAGCUUGGCCAAGGUGGAUUUGGUACAGUCUAUAAGGGGACAUUAUUUAACGGUAAAGAGGUAGCAGUGAAGAGACUGACAAAAGGUUCAGGACAAGGAGAUAUAGAGUUCAAGAAUGAGGUUUCACUCUUGACAAGACUGCAACAUAGGAAUCUUGUUAAGCUUCUUGGGUUCUGUAAUGAAGGAGAUGAAGUGAUUCUUGUCUAUGAGUUUGUCCCCAACUCAAGUCUUGACAGCUUUAUAUUCGAUGACGAGAAGCGUUCACUUCUUACAUGGGAGUUGAGAUACAGAAUUAUAGAAGGCAUUGCCCGAGGUCUUGUUUAUCUUCAUGAAGAUUCUCAGCUGAAGAUUAUUCACAGAGACUUGAAGUUGAGUAACAUCCUUUUAGACGCUGAGAUGAACCCUAAAGUAGCAGAUUUUGGGACAGCUAGGUUGUUUGACACUGACGUGACUCGAGCUGAAACAAAACGAAUAGCUGGAACCCGUGGAUAUAUGGCUCCUGAGUACCUGAACCACGGACAAAUCUCAGCUAAAUCUGACGUUUAUGGUUUCGGUGUUAUGCUUCUAGAGAUAAUAAGUGGUGAAAGAAACAAAAGAUUCGAAGGAGAAGGCCUUGCAGCUUUUGCAUGGAAGAGAUGGGUUGAAGGAAAGCCUGAGAUUAUAAUUGACCCUUUCUUGAUGGAGCACCCAAGAAACGAGAUCAUCAAGUUGAUACAAAUUGGUUUGUUAUGUGUUCAAGAGAAUGCAACAAAGAGACCAACCAUGAGCUCGGUGAUAACUUGGCUUGGCAAUGAGAGCAUCAUCGUUCCUUUACCUAAUGCUCCUGCUUUCACUGGAAGUCUAUCCCAGUUCGAAAGUGCUACAAUAGCAAUGAACGAAGAUGUCUUUACGGAGUUGAGUUGUCGUUGAGUUAUAAAUAAUUUAAUUAAAAUACUGUUUUCGAAAGCAAACUACACAAUAAUCCUUCUUCAAGGAACCUUUCAUUGUACCUUUAUUUCCUAAAUUUCAGCUCAAACCACAAUAUCUUCAUCUUUUUGCUUCUGUUUUAAUUUACCUAUUUUAUAG